AAGUUGCCAGAUGUGAAAAGCGGCUCCCAAUCGAACGGAACUCCAAUCUCCAAACUGGAAAACUUUUCUAAUCUCGGCCCAAGUUACAGAUUCUAUUGCACAAGAGGCUUAUCAAGACGACCAAAAACGAAAAGAGAAGAAACCAAACUGGACGAACAACAGUCUGGCAACGAAGCGUAUACGUAAUGCCAAGCAAAGUUCCAUUCAUUUAGCGCUCUCGGCUCGUUUCAGUUCUCGGGCAGGUGUCAAGCGACAUACACACGAAACGCCGACGCGGUCACAAUUCCAGAAUAUCAUACAAAUGCUAUAUAUGCUAUCGAGUGGCUAAUUAACAUACGCGUUGCGACCCGUCGUCUCUUUACCUGAACCUGAGCUGUCUGUUGUUUUGGACCUACACUCAUCCACAUUUCUUUACGGGGAAGCGAGUACAAAGUCAAAAGUAACAAAAAUUUUUGAAACACACAUCGUACAUAUAUGCAAAAACCGAUCUUCAUCAUGCUGGAUCCCAUUUCGGACACACCGCUGGUCUUGGCCUACGUCUUUAUGUCGCUGCUAGUGCUGAUUUUGUGCUUCAUACUGGUCAAUGUGGUCCACAAGCUGUUGUAUCGCAGCUCCAGCAGCGAGUUAUCAUCGGUUCCUAUCGCCUCCGCCUCCUCCGCCGCCGCCCAGCCGCUGAAGACCUCCAUCAUGGAGCUAGACGCCAUGAAAACCGGUUAGGAUGGAUGGGGUGCAGCGCAGCUGGCUGCGAGAGAAGACUGGUGGCGAGAAUCUCAGUCGGAUGUCGGAGCUCCGGUUUUAAUUCGGGCGAUUGGAGCGAAGUACGAGAAACGCCAGCUGCACACCACCCACUCGCUCGAGCCACAAAUCUAGACGCCUGUUGAUAUACAUAUAGUAUAUAAAAACAUAAAAGCAAUUAGAUCUAAAUGCACGAAACUAGGCUUACGAGUAGAAAUUAGCUACAUUUAACGCGCUGGUCCUCUAGUCAAUUAAUUGUUCAUUUUUUGCCCUAAGGUUAGGUUACAUGUACAUUGAUAUUGUAAAUAAAGUAACUUGAACGAUA